AUGGUUUUCAAGACAAUUUGGGAAUGGAUUUUAAGUAAUGGAUGGCCAUUAUCAAUGAAUGAAAAUAUUGCUAUUAAAUAUUUUAAUGACAAUCUUACAGAAUCAUUAAAAAUUUUAACUCAUUUCGAAAUAUCAAUACUUGCAAAUGAAAUUUAUAAAAAAAUUCUAAAUUUAAAUAUUCAUGAACAAUUAAUUAUAAUUGAUAGUGAUGAAACAUAUUUAACUAUUCCAUUUAUAUUAGGAAUACUACAAUCGAAUAAUUCUUUUUUCAUUUGUAAUUCUAAUUGGCCCGAAAAUAUGCUUAGAAAUUAUAUCAUGCAACUCAACCCAUCACUAUUUAUUUGUCAACGUCAAAAUAAAUCUAAAAUAUAUGAUCAGAUAUUUCAUCACGCUAUGUUAUCAUCAAUUGUUUUAUUCAAUGAACAAAUUGAUUUUUAUACAAGAAUUAAUAAUUGUAAUAAUUAUAAAGAUAUUGCUUAUAUUGUUGCUUCAUCAGGUUCAACAGGUAUUCCGAAAUUAAUAUUCGUAUCACAUGCAUGUAUUUUGCCUAAUUUAAAUCAAUUAAAAUCAAUAUUUGAUGUAACAUCAAAUGAUUGUUUAUUUCGUGCAACAUCUUUAACAUUUGAUCCAUCAUUAAUUGAUAUAUUUCUUGCUAUUCAUUGUGGUGCUUGUCUUGUUAUUCUAUCAAAAGAUAUUCGUCAAAAUUCAGUAUCUAAUUCAUCGAUAAGUCAUUGUACAAUUGCACAAAUGACACCGAGUUAUUUUCGUCAAAUCAAUACAUCUUGUGAUCUAAGCCAUUUAAAAACAUUGAUACUUGGAGGUGAACAAUUUCCUGAUAUAUCAAAUCGAACUAUUCAAAAGAUGAUAAAAGAAAAUAAACGUGUUAUAAAUAUUUAUGGUUUAACUGAAAUGUCUUGUUGGGCAUCGUAUUACAUAUUGAAUAAAAAUGAUCUUGAAAGAAUAGAUGGUAUUCCAUUAGGUAAAGCACUUGAUGAAACAUCAUUUGUACUUAAACCUUUUCUGGAUGAUAAAACAAAAAUAGAUUAUUUUCAAUUGACAUUAGAAAGUCAAACACGUUGGGUACAAAUUGGAGAUUUAUCAUUAGAAAAAAAAUUCAUAUUUGAAACUGAUGAUCUUGUUCGUUAUGACAAAGCAAAUGAUCACAUAUAUUAUAUUGGUAGAAGAACAUUAACAGUAAAACGUUUUGGUAUUAUGAUUAAUCUUGAAUAUAUUGAACAAAUUGCUCAUCAAUCAAAUUUACUUGAUGAAUGUGCUUGUUUAAUGUUAGAUGAUGAUGAUGAUAAAAAUUUUCUAAUUCUUCUUUGUAAAUUUAAAACUGAAAAUCAAAUAAAUCAGUUGGAAUUAUUUCUUAAAUUACAUUUAACUCAUCAUUUUCUACCAAAUAUUAUUCUUCCAUUACAAAUAAAUAUUCCAUUAAGUAUCAAUGGAAAAAUCGAUCGUACAAAAUUAAAUUCUAUCUAUUUAAAUACUAAACAAGAUUCAAUCGAUAAGAAUUUAGUAGAUAUUUGGAAGAAAUUUUUAAAUAAAUCUCCAGAGAAAAAAUCAACUUUUAUUUCUGAUGGCGGUAAUUCUUUAAUAGCUUUAACAAUGAUUGAACAAAUUAAACAAUCUUAUUCAUCGGUUAAUAAAGAAUAUUUAUUGAAUCUUCUUUUACAUAAAUCUUUCGAGGAUUUAUUUGAAUAUAUAAAUAAUCCUCAACAAGAACAACAACAAGACAAAACAAUUGAACAUUUUACUCCGAAUUUAACAAAUGAACUAAUAAAAAAUUCAAAUUUAAAUCAAAUUUGGUCAAUUCAACGAUGUUCAAAAAUAUUUCUCCAUAAUAAUAAUAAUCAUUUAAUGUCACAAUAUUCCACUUUACCAAAUGAAUCAAUAGUUGUAGCAAAUAAAUUAAUAUUAAAUUGGAAAUAUUCAAUGAAUAAAUGUAUCGAUGCAUCUCCAUUAAUUGUUAUACUUGAUGAAUAUCGACAAUAUGUUAUUAUAGGAUCACAUGCUGGUUUAAUUAAUACUUAUCAAAUUAAUAAUGGUCAACUUAUAUGGUCAUUUCAAACUAAUGAUAGAAUUGAAACAAGUGGAACUAUUUCAAAAGAUGGACAGUUUGUUCUUAUUGGUGAUUAUAGUGGAAUAUUAUAUAUAAUUAAUUGUUCUAAUGGAAAACUUUAUUCAUCGUAUCAAUGUCAAGAUUUAAUUAAAACAAUUCCUUGUAUUCAUUCAUCAAAUGAUAUUGUUUAUCUUGGUGCACACGAUCAAUUUAUUCAUGCUAUUCAUAUUGAAGAAAAUUUAUCGAAAUGUAUUUGGAAAUAUGGAUUAAAUAGUAGUUGUGCUUCAUCACCACAAUUAUCAUCGGAUAAUGAAUAUCUUUAUGUUGCUACUUUAAAUGGAAAUAUAUUUGCUUUUAAAUCAAAUGAAGGAAUAUUAUUAUGGAAACACUCAUUAAAUAAACCAAUAUUUUCUACAAUAGUUAUAUGGAAAGAAAAAUUUUUAUUAAUUGGAUGUGUUGAUGAAAAACUUUAUUGUUUAAGUUGUGAUGAUGGCGAACAGAAAUGGACAUUCUCAACAAAUGGUCCAAUAUUUUCGUCACCUUGUCUUUUCAAUAAUACAUUAUUUAUCGGUUGUCACGAUCAAUAUCUCUACGCUAUUGAUCUUUCAAAUGAACAACAAGGUAUUUUACAAUGGAAAUGUUUAUUUCCAUCGAUGGUCUAUGCAUCACCUUUUGUGUUUGACAAUGGUCAAAAGAUUAUUAUUGGUUCAACGAAUGGUUGUUUACGUGUGUUAAACAGUGAAACAGGAGGAACAAUAUGUGAAACACAAAUUGAUGGUAAUGGAUUAUUUUCGUCGCCAGUUUGUUAUCUUGAUUAUAUUAUUGUGGGUUCACGUGAUGAUUAUUUGUAUUGUUAUAAACUUCAAUCAUAUCAUUUUGAACGAAAUACAACUAUUCAAAAUAUUGUUGAUGAAUUAUUUGUUGAAGAAUGGAACAUUAGUAUAUCGUAUUCAUCACUUGAUAAUGAAUGUAAUCCACAGGAAUGUUCUUAUAACAUUAAAAGAGAUGAUCAUUUUGCUUCUAUAUCAUCACGUAUUCUUGGUUUAUAUGGUGGAUUAACUGUUGUUUUACGAUUUAUUAUUCCAUUCUUAAUCGAAAUCAUAUUGAAAAUUCGAAAUCGAUGCCGACCAAGUACAGUUGUUCCUACUGAAUAA